AACACACAAAAGAGAGAGAGAGAGAGAGAGAGAAAGAGUUUCUGUGUGUGUUUUUUAUCAGACUUAUUACAGCACAGCAUCGUUGGGUUAUGGCGUCAAAGCUCUGUGACUCGUGCAAAUCGGCGACGGCGACUCUGUUCUGCCGAGCUGACUCAGCCUUCCUCUGCGUCAACUGUGACUCCAAGAUCCACGCCGCCAACAAGCUCGCUUCCCGCCACGCCCGAGUCUGGCUCUGCGAGGUCUGCGAGCAAGCCCCCGCUCACGUAACGUGUAAGGCCGACGACGCCGCUCUCUGCGUCACGUGUGAUCGAGACAUCCACUCGGCCAACCCUCUUAGUCGCCGCCACGAGCGAGUUCCCGUGACGCCCUUCUACGACUCGGAAAACUCGGCCGCCAACUCAGUCCCCGUCGUCAAAUCUGUCGUCAACUUCCUCGACGACCGUUACUUCUCCGACGUGGAAGGUCAAGACGCAGAGACUGAGGUGAGCAGGGAAGAGGCCGAGGCUGCUUCGUGGCUGCUCCCAAAUCCGAAGGCAAUGGAGAAUCCGGAUCUGAACUCGGGCGAGUACUUUCUCCCGGAAAUGGAUCCGUAUUUGGAUCUGGACUACGGGCAUGUGGAUCCGAAGCUUGAAGAUACUCAGGAGCAGAACAGUUGCGGUACAGACGGCGUCGUGCCGGUUCAGAGCAAAAACGUUCAGCCUCAGCUCGUCAACGACCACAGCUUCGAAAUUGACUUCUCCGCCGCUUCCAAGCCAUACGUCUAUGGCUUCCACGCUCAGUGUCUGAGCCAGAGUGUAUCAUCGUCGUCUAUGGACGUUAGCGUUGUGCCAGAUGGCAACACGACGAUGACGGACGUGUGCGAUCCUUACACCAAGUCAAUGAGCUCGCCGGUGGAGUCAACACAUCAGGCGGUUCAGAUUUCAUCGACAGAUCGCGAAGCGAGGGUGUUGAGGUACAGAGAGAAGCGAAAGAACCGAAAGUUCGAGAAGACGAUACGUUACGCUUCGAGGAAAGCGUAUGCGGAGACGAGACCGCGAAUCAAAGGCAGGUUCGCUAAGCGCACAGAAGUGGAAAUCGAAGCGGAACGUCUGUGCCGGUACGGCGUCGUUCCGUCGUUCUAGUUUUAAUCGUAGUAACUUUGUAACCAGAACCAGUAAGCUUUUUAUUGUUCGUUUUCGUUUCCACAAAUUCUGAUCGUAGUUAUGUAAAUAUGGUAAGAGUAAGAGAUGAUGUAUUUUGAACGAUCCAUGGAAAUCUUGACCGUCGAUUUUGUACAAGUUUUUAUAUAUAUAUAUGCAGUAAUGAGUUUUGUA